UGUUAAUAUUUCAACCGGCUCCCAAAUCAUCGCUUACUUCCGUCCUAUUUCCUUUUUGCAUUUUUUAGUGAAAGUGAGUAAGAAGAUAAGAAAAUCUUAAAUCAAGAAGUCAAUAUCUCUGCCAGUUAUUUUCCUAACUACUGCUCUAUUGGUCGGUUUUCUGGCGAUGUUUUGGUCACGUGAUGAUGGGAAUCUCCCGCCCAGGGAACCUGGACGUCUGCUCGUGGGAAACAUAGACAUCAAACCAGAUGCUGCUAUGCUAUUUGACCUCCAGAAGAAACACGGUGAUCUGAUAACGUUGAAGGUCGUUGGUCAAACUAUCAUUGUCGUCUGUGGUUAUGACACAAUCAAAGAAGUUCUAGUUAAGCAUGACGAAUCAACAUCUGCCCACACUGCAUCGUUUGGAUUUUCAGAAUAUUUUGAACUAUCAGGCAUGUUGGGGGCAUCCGGAACAAAAUGGAGGAAUCAAAGAAAAUUUGGACACGAAGCAUUCCGCUCAAUUGACUCAGGGAGUAACAAUCUCGAAUCCCGGGUUUUAGAACUACCCGACUUCCUUCAGGAAAUAGACAAGAUGAAGGGGACACCCUCUGAUGUGGACAGACUUAUCAAAACAAGCCACUACAACAUCAUAUCGUCUUUCCGUUUUGGAAAAAGAUUUGCGCAUGAGGAUGGCAUUCUCACAAGACUGGUGGAUCUACUUGAUGAAGCCAUGAAAAUAGUUAAUGAACAGUUAGCUUUAAACUUUAUGGAAUGGCUGAAGUACGUACCAGGGGAUCCAUUCAAAGUUAGAAGGAGACGAUUCCUCGUUAAUGAAAUUUUCAAAAUCGUUCAGAAAUCUAUUGACGAGCACAAGGAAACACUGGAAAAUCCAAAGACCUCCGAUUUUAUUUAUAGCUUUUUAAAGGAGCAAGGAAAAAGAAAAUUAAAUAAAGUCUCGUAA